CCGCGGAAGCGCAUGUGCGUGAUCUCACGACGCGGUUGCCGUCGCGCGCAAUUACAUCGUGAGUUUGCGCUUGUGGUUACAAACGCUGUGUUGUGCCAAUUGGAAAAUUCAACGGCGAGUACACGAGAGAAGGAGGUCGUCGUGAGGACCGAUUAACCUCAAGUUUUAGCCGUUUAAUUCGACGCGGGAGACGCGGCAAACGUCGUUGUACGUGCACGCCGCGUCGGGGCAGCGGAACGAGAUGCAAACGAUGCCAAAGCGAUGCAGUUGACACACCGCGAGAUCUCGUGUGACAAAACGGAGACACGUAUCUCGAAGAUACCAUUGAGAAGUUCCGACAUCGAGAGGUACUCGAGGUGGAUUCAUCAGAAACGUCCUCGGCGUUUCCGAAUCCCAAGAAAUCACGCACAAUAGCGCCGAUUGAAGAAGAGAAGAUUAUCUCGCCGUGUCGUCAGAUUUGAAACGCGACACGCGUAAAGAAGAAAGAAGCGUCGCCGUCUCUUUCUCUCUCUCGUUUGAGAGAAACUUCCUAAGGUGACAAUUAAGAAGAGGGAGCGUUUUUUUUUCCUGUCGCGUCGCGCCAACCGUCAGCGCCGUCGGCGGAAUACGUGUAAUAAAAGAUUAUAGCGGGCCGGGUAUUCACUCGCGGAAUACGACGCGCGCCACGCAAUCCACCACCUGUGGCUUCUGAUAACCCCGCGCGAUAAGAGAAAAAGAGAGAACCGCGUCGCGCGCGCGACGCGGGAGCUUCGACAUUCAGCUCGAGAGAUUAAUGCGAGAUUAAAGCUCUUAUUCUUGAGAAAGAACACACCCUCCCUCCUCCCGCCGCUUCCAAACUCAAACUCGAGUGCAUCUCCGUUAGUCACCAAGCGGAUCCGUUUCGACCGCGUGAUUCUCGCGCGCGUUUAUACGCGAUUGCCUUCGAUCCGCGCGAAGCGAAGAGAACAAACUUCGCUUCAGAUCUUUUUCGCGAUUUUAGAAUUCAAGAACUCGGGCGAAUCGAUCGUGAACACGAUCGAUUUCAACGGUGAACGUUCAUCGCUGAUUAAUCGAAGUCGAAAGCGACAGGCUGGCCUUUCGCCGACAAAAUCAGCUUGUUCCCGGGAAUCGGGAAGAAAGAUUCGCGCCGCGAUCGACACGGAACGUUUGUUGUCUCGGAAGUGAUCUCGGAUGAUCGCGAUCAAGAGGAUCGUUCGUUUCGAGAGGGAAUUGAACUGACCGAAGAGAAGAUUCUAGCGGCGAGUGUGAAAUCGAGCGGCGGCGUUUCCAUUUUUAUUUCUUUCUCGUCGUGGAGGGUAACUCGCGAAAAACGGCGAACCACUACGGGGUGCAUUACGCGAACUCGUACGCGUGCAGCAACGGCGCGCCGAGCGUGUACACCAGCAUCGGGUGUUGCGCGAACGGUGGCGGCGGCGGCGGCUUCAGCAACGCGCAGCAGCCGCAUCUUCACGAGGAUUAUCGGCCGAUCUACUUCUACGUGGCGCAGCCCUACACGAUCCCGUACACCUUUGCCAAAAGGUCGAAGCCCGCCGCGUCGUCGCUGUUAAGAGCGGCCAAGCGGCCACACGGCAACAAUUGCCGAGUCAAGUUCCCCAAGCGACUCAGCAACGCCGACUUUUCGCAGAAGGUCAAACAAGGCGAGUUCUCGCGCAGCCUCAACCAGGUGCACUUCGCGGAAGGUCAAGUGUUCGCGAACUAUCCGAAAGCUGGACCGUCAUCCCGUGAUCCGAGGAUGACGUCGAUGUUUCGACGGGGCACGAUCUUCGCGACGUUCUUUCUGUCAUUGCUGGGCGGCGGACUGGUCUGCGCCGCUCUUGUGACCCAACACUGGGUCGAUGCGCGACCGUGGCGAACGCCGAAUCCUCAGGAGAGCGCCGGCAAGGUCCACUUCGGCCUGUUGCAGGGCAAGAAAGAAUUAAACGUCGCUUACGGAUGGCGGACGUAUCACAUAUCAGUCCCUCAGAUGAUUCGCCAAGAUCCGUCGGUGAUGUCCUGGGCUCUUUGGAUCGCUACUUUGACAACAACCUCGGCUGCCCUGGUAGCGGCCGCGAUGGCUGCUCUCUUAGCGGUUUUGAACACGGCCACUUCACCGAGAUCGAAGAUUCUCUCUAUCCCCGGCGUGUACUUCAUAAAUAUGUUAACGCUAUUAAUGUGCUUAGCAAGCACAUGCACUUGGUUGGCGCAGUAUUACACAAGACUGUACGUAAACGUGCUUCCGAAGGAGGACAUCGACAAUAUGUGGACCAGCGAGGGUUCCGCUGAGCUUGGUUAUUCAUUUUGGUUUGUUGUCAGCGCCAGUGUUGUGCAUUUUAUCAGCAUAGCGUUGAUCGGUUGGGGAUCGGGUAGAGAAAAGGACGAACGCCUGGAACCGAUACCCGCUCUCGAGGAAAAAACAGCUGCGGCGAUAAUGUUAUACUAGACGUUUAUUUAUGCGUAACGGUGUUAAAAUUCGCAUAGACUAUACGAGCACGCGCGUUAAUGCCACGCCAAGUUCCGAAAGGAAUUGACGACGAUAUUAUCUAUACCGAGAGAGAAAGAGAGAGGACUCUGAACGCGAGUUAACUGAACGGAGAUUCAACGGUGACUACGAUAAUGUAUGCAGAUCUCUACCUGUGACUCGCGCAGUUCCUAAAUAUCUAACGGCCGAAACGGUACGUUUGUUUCACGAGGGAAAGAAGAAAAAAGUGCUAUUUGGUACUAAUCCAAGUGGCGAAAAAAUAGACGAGCUAUGGAAAAACGCUUCUUAUAUUAUUAACUUAAUCUAUACAGGUUUUUAAACAUAUAAAGCUGCAAUCGAGACACAAAUUGUCGCUUUGGACUUAGAUUUCUACGUUGGUGGUAUAUGUAAACAUUCGUAUACAGAAGUGUAUGUGAAUAAUACACGCUGCCAAAUAGAAAAAAAAUGUGUGAAUUUGAACGCUCACGCAUAUUUAGAGAUAAAACAAUGUGUCAAGCUCCUCCGAUGUUAAAUAUUUUUCGUUAAAAUAUUAAACGUUUAAUAUUAAACGAAUUAUUAUAAUAUUUCGUAAAUAUUUAACAUCUUGUAUUUUUAGCAACAUAUUGUUUUUUUCUUUUUGGCGAUUAUUUUGACUAGACUGAGCUAAUAAAACAAACGAUAAUAAUACUUUAUUUCAAAUAAAUAAAAAGAGAUGGAUAUUCGACAAGCGUGGUGUGUGUUUUCUUCGAGAGAACAAAAACCGUUUUCAAAUUGUUUGUUUUUGCACACAGAGAAGAACAAAUCAACAAAUUAUUCUUUGAUAUUGUUUCUGCACACACAAAUAGUAAUUUAUUUCAUUAAUUCACGUUCACGGUAAAUACCGUGUGUAAACAUAAAACAUAAACAAACACUUGCGCUUUUUGAGGACAAUAUUUGCCACGGCAAUGUCGCGAGAUGUGAUAGUAAAACCGCGAGACGAAAUUCAUACAUUGUACAUUCCCAAGAAGAAAAGUACACACACAAUUGAAGUAUCAAUAUACCGAAUAUCUGUGGUAUAUUUAUUUUACGUUAAUCUCUUCGUUCUUAUAUCGUGAAAAAAAUUUAUUUCACAAAUUUAAAAUUUUUAAAUAACACUUUACGCGUAUUACACACAAAUCAUUUAAAAUUAUCACACCUAUACGUAGAAAGAAACUAUAAAAUUACAAUCGUACAUAAAAAAAUAUUUUACAUAAACACUUACAUGCAAGAUAUAGGAUUAAUAUAAAAAAUCGAACAACAUAUAUAAGCAUAUAAGACGAAUUUUAUUGAUAUUUUUAAUUAAUUUUAUAUAUAUUAUUUAUAUAUAUAUAUAUAUAUAUAUAAUCUUUGCUGUUAGGUUAGGUUAGGUUAGUUAAGUCAAUUGGAUGUUAAGGGUGCACAUGUGCAUCCUAAAUUGGAUAUUAAAGGUGUGCGCACAAGUGUCACGCCGCCAUUUUUUCCGUUUUUUUUUUUUUUUAUACAAUAUAACCACAUUCAGCAGGACGUAGCACGUUAUGUUGUUUUUCAACUGUUGUAUUGUUUUUACAAUCAAUAAUAAACAAACAAAUGCUUAUCUCUAUUUCAUCAUAAGUGUGAAAACUUGCAACUAUUGAAGAACAUCAUGCGUUACGUUUCCGAUGAAUGCGACCAUUCUCCCGAUCCUAAUCAAAAUAUGUUUUGUUUUCCAAUUCCCACUAUAAAUCUUACUUAAUAAAUAUUAUAAAUAUAAAUAUAUAUAUAUAUAUAUAUGAGAUAAUUAAUAUUAGAAAAAAAAAAUCACGCGAGCGAAGAUGCAAUUCCGUAAAAUUCGCGAAUACUGUAAAUCGAAACACGAUGGAUUAACGUUUGUGCUCUACUCGGCGCACUGUUUUUUUUUGUUGUCUGGAAAAAUAAAACCACGUAUACGAAAACAAUAUAUAAAUAGAAACAGACUUCCG